AUGACCACCUCCUUUGAGCAACUCUUUCUCUGGGGGGAAAUCGAACAAGAUCCUCCUUUCCCGGAAUUUCUGAUGAACAUCGUUGCCUACGCCGACCUGACAGCUGGCUCUGCCAUCCUUCUCGCGACUCUGAUACUCCUCACUCUGGUGAUGACGGCUUGGGAAACUAUCUCUUUUCUCAUCUGUGCGGGCUCGAGGAAAUUAGUCAUAUCUCCCAUAAAGACCGCGCUUUCUCUGCUGGGCUGCUACAUAUGGGAGACCUUUCGCCUUUUGUUGUUUCAUGAUGACGGCCUGGCAAAGCUCAGACAACGUUUCACCAGCUGGAUGGUCGACAGCAGACCAUACCACCUCGCACCUUCGUUUGUCGAUUGGUACUUUCCCCUCAACCGCCCCAUCGCAGCAUCUUUUCGUCUAUUUGUGACCUGGGUUUGUGGGUUGACGAUGUAUACAAACGUGCUGGUUCCAGCCGCUCGCUGUCUCCAUGGAGUAUUUGACGGCUGGAACGCCGAUAUACAUUCGUUCUACCGCCCAGGGGCAAUCUCUCGGUACUACCUCGAGGAUCGACUUUCCUGGCAUGCCCUGUACGAUGGCUACUACUGUCUUGGAGAAAGGAAGGGCCUCAACCUACACGAAGACCUCCUUGUGAGCAACUGGCAGUUACUGAGCCGUCUGCUCAACGACGACGGCGAGAUUGACCAUUACCACGCCAUCAUGGUCGUGGCGUCCGUGAUCUCGCUUGUCAUCCUGGCCGCGGUUACAUACACCAUCGUCCCCGAAACAACUGCUUUCAGGCGCGCCAAGUCGGUCCUCUUGCGGCAGGAUUCGCAAACUGAUGGACCCCGGCCGCUCACCCAGGCGGAAAGUGACCUCUGGGACAUGAUCAAUGGCUACGAAGGUGACCUGGCCAAAAGGAAGGCUCAGCUCGCGAAGAAGAACAAGCUUCUGGUUUCGACAACCGCAGAACUUCAUGCCAUGACGCAACAGAAAGAGGAGGGCUGGAUCCUCCUAGGAAAAUUGACCGCCCAUCGCAACGAAGCCGUGGAAGCUCACCAACGCGAGCUAUCUAACAACCAUCAUCUGCGUCAGCAACUUCUCAAUAUUGGUGGCCAGCUCAAGGUCGCUGAGGGAUGCCUACAGGGUAACCGCCAGGAACUUGCUAAAGAACGCCAGCAACUCGCCGCGGAACGGAAGCGACUGGCCGAGGAACGUCAACAGCUUGCGUCCACGCGUCAAAACCUCUCAAAACAGCAGCGGCCUGCCGACGAUUACGACUAUCUUGUCGAAGAGCGUCAGCGUCUUGAUAGCGCGCGCGAUCAACUCGCUGCUGAGCGCGCACAAGUCUCUGAAGAACGCAAGCAACUCACCAUAGAGCGCCAGCAGCUUGUCCAUGAACAGCAGCAACUGAUCAAGAAACGUCAGAAGCCCGCAUCUCCACGCCAGAAGUCCUCGGACCAACAACAUCUUGUCAAGGAACGUCAGGUUCUCGAUGACAUGCGCGAGCGACUGGAUGCUCAGUGCAAGAAACUCACGGAAGACCGUCAGCAACUUGCCGACGAGCAUCAACGACUGAUCGACGAACACCAAAAAUCCGCCAUCCAACACCAAGAGCUUCUCGACCGCCAACAGCAUCUCUCGAUUAACAACCAAGAACUUGCCAUCCGCUGCAACGAACUGGCUAUCGCCUUGGGAACAGCCCGCCAAGAGUGGGACGCCGCCAUGCUGCAGUUGGCCGCCGCAACAGACCAAGUGACGGACCAACAGGACCAACAACUUGCCAUCCGUUGUAAUGAGCUGCUCGCCUCCUUGGAGAUAGUCCGCCAGGAACGAGAUGCUGCAAUGAAUGAGAUGAUAAACCAGCAGAAAGAGAUCGAUUCGGUCAACCUGUCCGCAGAUAUCGCGCGCGUGGAAGCCGAGAUAGCCUACGCUCAGUCGGAAGAGAACGAAGCUCGUCUCCAGCAGUCUAUUUCUGACCUCAAGAGUGCCUGUGACUUGGCUGUCGAACAAGAACGCUCUGCCACCGAGGAAGCUCGUAAAAUAGCUUGCGGUCUCGAAAUGGAACUCAACCACUGUCACAAAAAGAUCAAUACUGCCCUGAGAGGCGCCCAGAGGCACCAUGAGCAGUGGGUCGCGUCUCAGAAAACAAUCGAGAUUCUGGAACGCCGCUUGGCUAAGUACAAGAUGUUAGAUGCCGGCAGCACGCAGGAAGUUCCCAAACGCAAAAUCGGUAAUCCGGUUUCGAUGUCCGCCGCCUUGGCUGAGAAGGACGUAAUCGUCGCAAACCAGCUUGCUCAGAUCAACGACCUCAUGCGCCAACUCGAACAAGCCAAGCAGGGUGCGCCUCGUCCUGCCGUGCCUGACGGAAAGAUUCAGCAGAACUUCAACAAGCUUCGCGCAGCACUGGACAAGGAGCGGAGGGAGAGAAUUGAGGACAAUGUCCGAUGGAGCUCGAAGACCCGCGAGCUGGAGGACGCCAACCAGAAACUCCGUAUAUUUGUAUCGAACGCGAAAUCCAAGUCUCCCCGUCGUCCAAAUGAUCGACGCCCGCCUACUGUUCCGUGA